GCCGGAGGAAGGGCUCGGGUUCAGGCUUCACGAGAGGCCGCUCUGCUCCACCUCUCGUUGGUUCCGGAGGUCGCGGAGGCUGUGGGAAAUGCUGGCGCGCGCGGCGCGGGGCACUGGAGCCCUUUUGCUGAGGGGCUCCGUGCAGGCUUCUGGCCGCGUUCCGCACCGCGCCUCCUCCGGACUGCCCCGAAACACCGUGAUCCUGUUUGUGCCACAGCAGGAGGCCUGGGUGGUGGAGCGAAUGGGCCGAUUCCACCGCAUCCUGGAACCUGGCUUGAACGUCCUCAUCCCCGUGUUAGACCGAAUCCGGUAUGUGCAGAGUCUCAAGGAAAUUGUUAUCAACGUGCCUGAGCAGUCAGCUGUAACUCUUGACAAUGUAACACUACAAAUAGAUGGAGUCCUUUAUCUGCGCAUCAUGGAUCCUUACAAGGCAAGUUACGGUGUGGAGGACCCUGAGUAUGCUGUCACCCAGUUAGCUCAGACGACUAUGAGAUCAGAGCUCGGCAAACUCUCUCUGGACAAAGUUUUUCGGGAGCGCGAGUCCCUGAAUGCUAACAUUGUGGACGCCAUCAACCAGGCUGCCGACUGCUGGGGUAUCCGAUGCCUGCGGUAUGAGAUCAAGGAUAUCCAUGUGCCACCCCGAGUGAAAGAGUCCAUGCAGAUGCAGGUAGAGGCCGAGCGGCGGAAGCGGGCCACAGUUCUAGAGUCUGAGGGGACACGAGAGUCAGCUAUCAACGUGGCAGAGGGGAAGAAACAGGCCCAGAUUCUGGCCUCCGAAGCGGAAAAGGCUGAACAGAUAAAUCAGGCGGCAGGAGAAGCCAGUGCAGUUCUGGCCAAGGCCAAGGCUAAAGCUGAAGCGAUUCGAAUUCUGGCUGGGGCUCUGACUCAACACAAUGGAGACGCGGCAGCUUCCCUCACUGUGGCUGAGCAGUACGUCAGUGCAUUCUCCAAACUGGCCAAGGAUUCCAACACAGUCCUGCUGCCCUCCAAUCCCAGCGACGUCACGAGUAUGGUGGCUCAGGCCAUGGGAGUCUAUGGGGCUCUCACCAAAGCCCCAGGGCCCGGAGCCCGGAGCCCCAGCGAGAACAGAGGAGGUGUCCAGGCGGCGGAUACAAGCAUUGAAGAACUGGGUCGAGUCAAGCUCAGUUAGUGGAGAGGACUCGGCCAGGGAGGCUCGGGGCCGGGAGCAGUACUCACAUUCUGGCUCCAGCCUCCUGGCCAAAUUUUAGUUUUUAUUUUUUUAUUUGAACUUAAUAAUCAUGUAAUAAACUCACCAGUGGCAAAUCGGAAA